UCCGCAGCCAGUUGUAUUUCAUGAAGCCAUCCUUCCUCACAGCGCUUUGAUCGGUGUUAUCGGUUAGGUGGGUCAUAAUGGCAUCUGAUGACGAUGAUGUUAAAGAGCGUCUCAUUGAAGACUUUAGGCCGAGGCUGAAGGAGCACAUUAAAGUGGAGCAGGUUCUGGAUUAUAUGCAUUCUAUCGAAAAUGAGCAAAAGGAACAGAUCAGACAGAAAGCGAGGAACGACGGUAACCCAGCGGCUGCGGAUGUCCUCGUUAGUGCAGUCCUCAAGAAGCCACAUUCCCCCGGCUGGUUCAGGGAGUUUGUCGACGCGUUGCUACAUUCAGGUUGUGAAUAUGCAGCCGACUACAUGCAGGUCAAUCCCCCAACACCUGAAGUGGAGGCAGAGAAUGAUAACUGUGUGCAGCUUAUUCGAUUACUGUGUCCCAGUCUUGUGGAUAUGAAGACUGAAGAAGUGUGCGAACACUGCACCUCUGCAUGCCUGAUUACCGAGGAUGACAGCGAUAUUAUUCGCACCGCAACAACAAACCGUGGGCGCAGGGAUGGAGCCCGUGAACUUCUGGGAAGAAUCGUGAAAGGUCGACCAGGGUGGUUUUCUACAUUUCUCAACAUUCUGCGUGAAACUGGACACCAAUACCUGUAUGAGCUGACUGGCGGGUCACCUGACUGUGACAAGCAAGGCUCUGAUGAGAAACUGCCUUCGGUGAAAGAUGAACCUACAGGAGAUGAGGCUGCCACAGAUGAGAGUGCAGCAGCACCUGAAAGCAGCGAUAGCCCACAGUUAAUAGAGAUCAACAUAAAUGAGGAGCCUCAGGAUGCAGAUUUGUACCAAGGAGCAAGUCAACUGCUGAGCAACUUGGAGCCCUCACAACCAGAUGGAACUGACUCAGUAGCAGCAGCCACAGGCCCAGAAAAAGACGAUAUUGUUCUUCGAAACUAUCAGAUGGACGUCGCUAGGCCUGCGUUGGAGGGGAAAAACAUUAUCAUAUGCCUCCCGACAGGAAGCGGUAAAACCAGAGUUGCAGUUUAUAUUACCAAAAAACAUCUGGACUGCAGGAGGGCAGAGAAGAGACCAGGGAAAGUGGUCGUCCUGGUGAACAAGGUUCCUCUCGUCGAGCAGCAUUAUUCCACAGAGUUCUUGCCAUUUUUGAAGCACACAUAUAAAGUGGAGAGAGUCAGCGGAGACUGCCAGCUCAAAAUCUCCUUCACAGAGAUUGUGAAGAAAAAUGACGUCAUCAUUUGCACAGCCCAGAUUCUUGAGAAUUACUUGGAGAGGUCUAACAAAGGAGAGGACGAAGGGGUGGACUUAAGCGAUCUGACACUGAUCAUAAUAGACGAGUGUCACCACACUCAGAAAGGAGGAGUCUACAACCACAUAAUGAUGCGCUACCUGAAGCAGAAGGACAAGAACAAAAGGCUGAAGAAGGAGCAGAAGGAGCCCAUGCCCCUCCCUCAAAUCCUGGGCCUGACGGCCUCACCGGGGGUCGGCGGAGCCACGAAAAUGGAGAAAGCUGAGGAACACAUCCUGCGUAUUUGUGCAAACUUGGAUGCUUCCAGAAUCAUGACAAGGAGCCUUGGGACAUACACAAAGGAGCAAAGGAAAAGAACGGAAACUGUUGAAGACAGAAAAGAGGAUCCCUUUGGUGAUGUCAUUAAGAAAAUCAUGAAUGCCAUUCAUGCUCAUGCUCAGCUGAGCCCCACCUGCGACCUCGGCUCUCAGAAUUAUGAACAGUGGGUUGUUCAAAAAGAGCGAAACGCUGCAACAAUGGAAGAUCAGAAAGUGCGUGUCUGCGCAGAGCACCUUCGGCAGUACAGCGAGGGCCUGAAUCUCAGCAACACCAUUCGCAUGUGUGAUGCCUUCAAUUUCCUGAACAAAUACCACGAGGAAGAGAUAAAAAGAAAAACAACACCAGACGAGGAGCACAAAAUUCAAAUCACAGCAACUGAGAGAUUCCUCUUCAAUUUGUUUAAAGACAACAAGGAAGAGUUGCAGAGGCUCGCAGAGAAUCCAGAGUAUGAAAAUGGCAGCCUGUCAAAACUAAGAUCUAAAAUUCUGCAAGAGUUCAGCACCAGGGAGGAGGCCAGAGGGAUAAUUUUCACCAAAACACGGCGCAGCGCCAUUGCUCUGAGUCAAUGGAUUCAGGAAAACCCUAAGUUUGCUGACAUUGGCGUGAAAGCAUCAUAUGUUAUCGGAGGAGGAGACCAGAGUGUUGUCAAACCAAUGACCUCUGCAGAGCAAAGGGAUGUGUUGGCCAAAUUCCACAAUGGUGAAGUGAACUUGCUGAUUGCAACCACGGUGGCAGAGGAAGGUUUGGACAUCCCAGCGUGUAAUUUUGUUAUCCGAUAUGGCCUUGUGACCAAUGAGAUAGCUAUGACUCAGGCUCAAGGCCGAGGAAGAGCAGAGGACAGCAGCUACACUCUGGUCGACGUGAAGAACUCUGGGGUGGCUGAAAAGGAGUGUGUCAAUGAGUACCGCUUGAAAAUGAUGGACAAAGCCAUUGAAAAAAUCAGAGCUUUAAAACAAGCGGACUAUGACAAAAGGAUCUUAGAGUUUCAGAUACAGGCUAUAAUGGAGGAGAGGGUGAGGAUGGUAAAGAAGAAGCAGAAAGGCAUAAAGACAGAGCACCCGUCCAAUGUGAAGUUUAGCUGCAGAGGCUGCAGCAAACAUGUCUGCAGCGGCGAGGACAUCGAGAUCAUCGAAAACAUGCACAGAGUCAAUGUUACAACACAGUUUAGCAACCUUUUCAUUCAGACAGAAAAUACUUCACUUCAAGAGCGACUUCUAGAUUACGAGACCAAUGGCUUCAUAGCAUGCAAAGACUGUGGGCAGAGAUGGGGUUCCAUGAUGCUGUACCGUGGGAUCGACUGCCCCUGCCUCCACGUGAAAAACUUUGUGGUGACAGUCAACGGAAAGAAGAUUAGCAAAUGCACCAAGUGGAGCGAGCUUCCCGUCAAGUUUUCCGACUUCGACUAUGCUGAACAUGCGAGCCAGGUGACACAGGCCUCAGAUGACGAAGAAACAGAAUCGAUGACUUCCUAGACUCACUAAUAAUCACGUGAACAGUGACCUCUGUUGUAUUCUUAUCAUAACUAAAUGGCUUGCACUGCAUACAGUAGAUUACUGUACUGUACACUGGUAAAUGCAAUGCUUCCUUUCAUCAUGAUAACUUGAGUCACUGAAGGUGGUGGAUUUCAGCGUGCAAACAUUGUCCAGAUCAUGCACAGUAUUUUUUGCUUUUCAUUGGUGAAAGGUUUAUUUCAUAAAUAUGUAUGGCUGUCAGAAAUAAGAAUUUGCCCUGGAAUUGUUAGUGGAUUGGGUAUUAUCUGUUAAAUUUACUGCUGAAAUUCUGUAACAAUCAUAAAUGUAUAAGUGUGCAUCACUCACACAAAAUGAACUGGAGGGAAUGACUAAUAAAUAAUAAUAAAUGAUUUUCCCCUCAAA